AGUAGAGUAGGUGUAAUUUUCUUGCAAGCGGUGAUGGAGGCACUCCUGGCUUUCCUCAAUCAUUUCCCGUUAUUUGCCAUUAUGCUUCGCUUCAAGGAUCCAGAUCGCUUACCUGGAGGAUUACGGUUCGAAACAUGCGAUUCGUACUAUUUCACCGCAUACAAAACAUCAUUAGCAAGAGUAGUUCGUGUAUUAAAGUAUUUCUUGCCAUGGAGUAACACAACUCGAAAACACGAGAACAAUCACGCAUCCAGUAUUGUCGAACCUGUUCCUUCUUCGUCAAAAGAAUAUCUGCGGCAAAUUCGAGGAAUGGAUGGCGAGAAAGGAGAUAAUGUUAUUCGUAUAAGAAAGAACCGAACAGACUUGGUGGAUGGACAGUGGUAUGCAACCAUUCCUCAGUCUCCCAGUGAACAAAAAUCGAGGCCUAGCGUAUCAGAUCCACCCAGGUGCCUUGUCAGUGGUGAAACCAUUAGGCCGAUUCCUCGGCUUCAAUAUCCCAUGUUGCCGGAAACAAGGCCACCUUUGAGACGUUUAAUUGACAGACUUUGUGACCAAGAAGAACCGACAAGAUAA